AUGAGGUCGUCUAUGCUGGUCCUGUUGCUUUUCUUCAGUGCCCAGGCCGUGGCCUCUUUUGGGGAGGACUCAAGCGCCACCGACGCCAGAGCUGGCGCCCCACGAGUGGACCCCAAACUCUUCAGCAGACGGCGAAGGCACUCCCCUAGGGUGCUGUUUAGUGCCCGGCCGCCCGAUGCCGACCCAACUGGGUCCCGUAGGACCCGUCGGCGAGCAAGCCAGCCCCAGCACCGAGGCGUGUACUCUGUAUGCGAGAGCAUCAGUGUGUGGGUGGGCAACAAAACCAAAGCCACGGACAUUUCCGGCAACGAGGUGACGGUUCUGCCGGACGUUAACAUCAACAACGUCAACAAGAAACAGUACUUCUUUGAGACUACGUGUCACAGCUCACACGCGGGCAACUCGGGAUGCCUUGGCAUCGACGCCCGACAUUGGAACUCGCGUUGCACCAAUUCACACACAUUUGUGCGGGCUUUGACGUCCUUUAAGAACUUGGUGGCCUGGAGGCUCAUACGCAUCAACGUGGCUUGCGUGUGCGUGCUCAGCCGCAAGUCGUGGAGGCAGUGAGAGUAAAUUAUUAGUAUUAUUUCAAAGUACGGGGACUGCAUGUGCUUUAUAUUUUAAUUUUUAUAAUUUUACGAGACAUACUUUUAAAUCAAUGGCUGCCAUUGACGGCAAUGGAUGUCCAAUCCAUUUUGAAUGGGAUGGCGUGGAUGAACGAACAUUCGCCCCAUCCCAGUUAAAAUGGAUUGACCGUCCAUCCCCGUCAAUAGCAGUGAAUGAGUUUCCUGAACGAGUUAAUGAGUUCCAUUAAUUAAUUCAGACAUGUGAAAACACAUUUUUGACAAUUUGAAAACUACUUUAGGGCUGCCACAAAUGAUUUUUUGGGUAGUCAAUGAAUCCCUGACAAUCAUUUUUGCAAUUACUCAGCUUCAUGUAUAAAUUAUGUGUUACUGUUAUACUACUCUGGCCUCAACAUAUUAGCUGUAAACUGUAUUACAACUAGAAACCGCACAAGUUAAUUAGUUUUCUUUAACCUUUUUCAUAGACUUCACUAUCAAUUGACAGGACACGGGGCUCAGGGCCAAUCCGUAGGGGGCCUAUUUUUAAAAACUUAAAAUUCAAAUAUUUUCAAAACCAAAGCUGCAAGCGACCUAAAACCAAAACAGGCACCUACCUUAGGCAUAUAUGAGUCUCCAAGAGAAGCAACAUUAAAAAAUUCAAGGUUGUUCCCUAAUUAAAUCCCG